AUGCAGAGGAAUGUAGCAGCAUCAACUAGUGAUGAAGCUUUAAGUUCUCUCAGAAUUCAUACUCAACUACUGCUGAUAACACUGUUUAAAGUUUCACCCAUCAAUAAGAACAAUCGAAAGCUUAGAAAUGCGAAACAAGUUUUAAAGCUACGUCAACACAAUCAGCACAGACGAAUAAAAGAAAAUCUUUCUUUCAAAAGCUCAACCUUGAGAUUUACAAUGAAAAGAGUGUCAAAAAUGGAAAUUAAGUUCCCAUUUGACUCGACUUUGAAGUCAAUGGAAGAAGUUAUCAAAGAGAUUUGA